CAUUUUCUGUAUCAAAACAUUCAUUCUUGGUCAUGAAUAUAUGGAACCAGUCUUAAUGUCAACAAUGUUCAUCGACGAAAUGAAAUUGACAGAGAAUGUUGUGCGAAAUUUCCGUGUUGCUAAAAUAUUUAGAGAAAAUACGGAUAAAAUAACAAGUAUUGACUUUUCUUCGAAUGGUGAAACAUUGAUUUCUAGCAGCGAUGACGAUUCUAUUGUGAUAUAUGACUGUCAAGGAGGAACACCAAAAAGAACAUUGAACAGUAAGAAGUAUGGUGUUGAUUUAAUCAGGUACACACAUGCUGUUAACACAGCCCUACACAGCUCCACAAAAGUUGAUGAUACUAUAAGGUAUUUAUCACUGCAUGACAACAAAUAUAUCCGAUAUUUCCCAGGACACACUAAAAAGGUAGUAUGUCUGAAUAUGUCACCAAUAAAUGACACAUUUUUGUCAGGAUCGUUGGACAAGACCAUUAGAUUGUGGGAUCUCAGAUCACAAAACUGUCAGGGACAGAUGCAUUUACCAGGUCGACCAGUGGCAACCUUUGAUCCUGAAGGUCUCAUCUUUGCAGCUGGUAUAAACUCGGAAUGUGUCAAACUUUAUGAUCUCCGUUCAUUUGACAGGGGUCCAUUUGCAACAUUUAAACUACCACAAGAUAAAGAUUGUGAUUGGACAGGGAUGAAGUUUAGUCCUGAUGGUAAACUGAUAGUAGUAUCAACAAAUGGUCAGGUUAUACGUCUUAUUGAUGCCUUCCAGGGAACUCCUCUACAAACAUUUGUGGGACAUACAAACACAAAAGGUAUACCAUUAGAGGUGUCGUUCAGUCCAGAUUCACAAUUUGUGUUCAGCGGUUCAACAGAUGGCCGUGUACACUGCUGGAAUACAGAAAGUGGAGCUAAGGUUGCAACAAUGAGCUGUGACCAUCCUGGACCAGUACAAUGUGUUGGGUUCAAUCCUAAAUUCAUGAUGCUGUCAACGUCUUGUACAAAUAUGGCAUUUUGGCUACCAUACAUUGAUGAAUGAGAGAGCAUGUAACUACACACACAACGAAACAACUCUAGACAGUGCAAUGGAAAAACAAUCAACAUAUUUGAUGUGUUCAUCGUGACAAUAUGUAGACACAGAAGAUAUAUGCCAUUUUUCUAUGAUAAAAACAUGUGUUUACACAGUUUAAAUACAUAUAGUGUAGUCAACUGUUGUCUGACUGUGUAAGACAUAUAGUGAC